UUAAAAUUAUUGUUUUUCCUCUUUGUCUUUUUUCUCCUUUUUUUCGUUUGGUGAAAGUGACAACAGAAGAAGAUUUUCGAUAGGAUCCGAAUCAAUUUGCCAUUUUUCUAAUUUGUUUAUUUCCAAUUAAUUGUUGACAAUUUUUUUUUGUUUUAUUCAAACAAAAAUAGUGCAACAAAUAUUUACGACGAUCGUCGUCCUUGUUGAGUAAAAAGGAAAGUGAUACACAAUUUUGUUUGCACAAAAAAUGGCACAAAUAGUACGAACGAUUUACGAUAGUUAUCGUGAUCUGAUGGACAAUAAAAGCGAUCCGAGGGUCAACAAUUGGGCAAUGAUGGGCGGACCAUUUCCAACACUUUUCAUUUGUUUAUUUUACGCAUACUUCGUCAAAGUAAUUGGGCCAAAAAUAAUGGAAAAUCGCAAACCGUUUGACCUUAAAAAUAUCAUGAAAAUUUAUAAUCUAUUCCAAGUGGUAUUUUCCUGUUGGUUAUUUUACGAGUGUUUGAUGUCCGGCUGGUGGGGCGUUUAUUCGUUGAGAUGUCAACCGGUCGAUUAUUCGGACGAUCCUAUGGCACUUAGAAUGGCAAAUGGCUGUUGGUGGUAUUACUUUUCUAAGUUUACCGAAUUAAUAGAUACAAUAUUUUUCGUUUUGCGAAAGAAGAACGAUCAGAUAUCAACGUUGCACGUGAUUCAUCACGGUUGCAUGCCAAUGUCCGUUUGGUUUGGUGUCAAAUUCACCCCAGGUGGUCACAGUACGUUCUUCGGUCUUUUGAAUACGUUUGUUCACAUAGUAAUGUAUUCAUAUUAUUUCCUGGCUGCAUUCGGACCAAAAAUUCAACCAUACUUAUGGUGGAAAAAAUAUUUAACGAGUUUGCAAAUGAUACAAUUUCUUUUCGUAAUGAUUCACGCAUUCCAACUUUUAUUCAUCGAAUGCAAUUAUCCCAAAGCAUUCGUAUGGUUGAUCGGCAUGCACGCGAUUAUGUUUUAUUUCUUGUUCCGUGAUUUUUAUAUCGAGGCAUAUAAAAAGAGAAAUAAUAUUAAUUCGACAUUGAAAAGUCAUCAACGUAAGGAAAUGAUUAAAAAGAAUGAUGAAGAAGAAGAAGAUAAGAACAACAAAUCAAUGAAAAAUGGUAUUAAGGAUAACGAUAUUAUUUAUGCUAAUCAAUACAAAAUGGCGACUGGUUAUAUAUCCGACAAGGGCCUGAGAAAUCGCGUUUUCAUCGACAAUCGAGGAUUAUCCAUGGAAUGAAACACGAAUAAAGGACAAGAUAUAAAAAAGGGCAUUUUAAGGACGUUGAUUCAUUUGAAUUAACGUUGACGCUUAAUCCUUGCCCAAAGGAUAACCGUUUAAGACUUUUUCAUUUGCGAAUGCGUGUAGUUAAUAUGAUAAGUGAAUGAAUGGGGAAAAGGAAAAAGAAAGAAUAAAAGAAA